AUGGCCUCCUUUCUGGAAAAUGCCUACAGCUUGGUGCACCAGGACAAUGCCGCCGACGUCCCUUCCCUCGCCGACCUGCGCACGCAGCUCGAGAAGGGCACCGACGAGAGCAAGGUCGAGACCAUGAAGCGCAUUCUCACCAUCAUGCUCAACGGCGACCCAAUGCCUAAUCUCCUUAUGCACAUCAUCCGUUUCGUCAUGCCCUCGAAGCACAAGCCUCUGAAGAAGCUCCUCUACUUUUACUACGAGAUCUGCCCCAAGCUCGACUCCAAUGGCAAGCUCAAGCAGGAAAUGAUCUUGGUCUGCAACGGUAUCAGAAACGACCUGCAACAUCCCAACGAGUACAUUCGCGGAAACACGCUCCGCUUCCUCUGCAAGCUGAGGGAACCCGAACUUAUCGAACCUCUGCUGUCCUCCGCGAGACAGUGCCUCGAGCACCGCCACGCAUACGUGCGCAAGAACGCCGUCUUCGCCGUCUCCUCCAUCUACACACACAGCGCCUCCCUAAUCCCGGACGCCUCCGACCUCAUCAGCACAUUCCUCGAAGCUGAAAACGACCCGACGUGCAAGCGCAAUGCCUUCGCCGCCCUGGCCUCCAUCGACCACGAGAAGGCUCUGCUCUACCUGAGCACAGUAUUCGAGGGCAUCCCCAACGCAGAAGAGCUCCUGCAGCUCGUUGAGCUCGAGUUUAUUCGCAAGGAUGCCAUUCAGAACUCCCAGAACAAGGCGCGCUAUCUGCGUCUCAUCUUCGACCUUCUCGAAGCCAGCACCUCGACCGUCGUCUACGAAGCUGCCUCGUCAUUAACCGCCCUCACCAACAACCCCGUCGCAGUAAAGGCCGCCGCUGCCAAGUUCAUUGAGCUCAGCAUCAAGGAGGCGGAUAACAAUGUCAAGCUGAUUGUCCUCGACCGCGUGGACCAGCUUCGCAAGAAGAACGAGGGUAUCUUGGAUGAUUUGGUGAUGGAAAUUCUGCGCGUCCUUUCCAGCCCCGAUAUCGAUGUUCGCCGCAAGGCUCUGGGUAUUGCCCUCGAGAUGGUGUCGAGCAAGAACGUCGAGGAGGUCGUGCUCCUGCUGAAGAAGGAGCUGUCAAAGACCGUGGACCAGGAAUACGAGAAGAACACCGAGUACCGCCAGCUCCUCAUUCACUCCAUCCACCAGUGCGCCAUCAAGUUCUCCGAGGUUGCCGCUAGCGUCGUCGACCUGCUCAUGGACUUUAUCGCCGACUUCAACAACACCUCCGCCGUCGACGUCAUCAACUUCGUUAAGGAGGUCGUCGAGAAGUUCCCCAAGCUGCGCAAGCCGAUUGUGCAGAGGUUGGUGGCUACCCUCAGCGAGGUUCGCGCCGGCAAGGUUUACAGGGGUAUUAUGUGGAUUAUUGGAGAGUACUCUCUGGAGGAGCGCGACAUCAGGGACGCAUGGAAGAGCAUCCGUUCCAGCUUGGGCGAGAUCCCCAUUCUCGCCUCGGAGCAGAGACUGCUUGACGGUGAUGGUGAGGAGGAGAACAAGGAGCAGGUCAAUGGACACUCCAAGCCCGCACAACCGACCGGCUCCCGCAAGGUGCUUGCUGACGGAACUUACGCUACCGAGACUGCUCUUACCAGCCAGUCUUCCGUUGCUGCCAAGUUGGAGGCCGUGAAGGCUGCCCAGAAGCCUCCUCUGCGCCAGCUCAUCCUCGACGGUGACUACUACCUCGCAACUGUUCUCUCCGCCACCCUGGUUAAGCUCGUCAUGCGCCAUGCCGAGAUCUCCAAGGAGGCUGGUCGCACCAACGCCCUCCGCGGUGAGGCCAUGCUCAUCAUGAUCUCCAUCAUCCGUGUUGGUCAGUCGCAAUUCGUGAAGGCUCCCAUUGACGAGGACUCUGUCGACCGUAUCAUGUCUUGCGUCCGCUCUUUGGCUGAGUUCAACCAGCACAAGGAGCUCAAGACCGUCUACCUCGACGACACCCGCAAGGCUUUCCGUGCCAUGGUUCAGGCCGAGGAGAAGAAGCGUCUCGCCAAGGAGGCUGUCGAGAAGGCCAAGACUGCCAUCCAGGUUGACGAUGUCGUCCAGAUCCGCCAGCUCUCCAAGAAGAACGCCACCGACGGUUUGGACGAGAUUGAGGUUGACCUUGAGAGAGCAACCGGCGGCGAGGCUACGGCGGAGGACCUUUCCUCCAAGCUCAGCCGUGUCGUCCAGCUUACCGGUUUCUCCGACCCUGUGUACGCCGAGGCUUACGUCAAGGUCCACCAGUUCGAUAUCGUUCUUGACGUCCUCCUGGUCAACCAGACUAUGGAGACGCUGCAGAACCUCUCCGUCGAAUUUGCUACCCUCGGUGACCUCAAGGUUGUCGAGAGGCCGACGACACAAAACCUGGGUCCCCACGACUUCCACAACGUCCAGUGCACUAUCAAGGUUUCCUCCACGGAUACCGGUGUCAUCUUCGGCAACGUUGUCUACGAUGGUGCCCACUCUACGGAUACCAACGUUGUCAUCCUGAACGACCUCCACGUCGACAUUAUGGACUACAUCCAGCCCGCCACCUGCACCGAGACGCAGUUCCGCACCAUGUGGACCGAGUUCGAGUGGGAGAACAAGGUCAACAUCAACUCCAAGGCCAAGUCGCUGCGUGACUUCUUGGAGCAGCUGAUGGCGGCCACAAACAUGAACUGCCUGACUCCCGAGGCCAGUAUGAAGGGCGACUGCCAGUUCUUGAGCGCCAACUUGUACGCCCGCAGCGUAUUCGGCGAGGACGCGUUGGCCAACUUGAGCAUCGAGAAGGAGGGCGAGGACGGACCCAUCACCGGCUUCGUCAGAAUAAGAAGCAGAUCGCAAGGCCUGGCGCUGAGCUUGGGAUCCCUCAAGGGACUCAACAAGAUCGGCUCAGCGGCGUGA